CACAACCUGUCCCAGCACAUCAACAGCCUGCAAAAUUGUUUCAUAGUUGCAAUACUCCACUGACAGUGCGGUGGUACAUCAGUCUUAGGGCUCAUGUUAUUACUAGCACAUUGUCUAUAUAUAGCUGCCGCUCCCACCACUUUCACCGGGACAGCUAUUCCACUAUGGGGGUUGUGUUGCCAACAUGUUGGGCCUGUGUCGCCUUCGUGGCUUGUACGACCCUGUUGAUGUACGCUCUACGGGCGAUAUAUCGCCGCCUUCUGCCGUCAAAAUAUCAUGCAUACGCUGCAGAGACUUUAUCUACAUUCCAGUUGGUCGUCGGGGUACUGGAAAGCGAUAUCGUCCUAGAAGCCUACGGUGCCGUCGGCUACGCAUUCUACCUGUUUUGUCUAUUUAUCUCGUUCACCUUAACUUUUGACGGGACGGCCAGUGUUUGUUCGGUCUGGGAGGAAAUGCUGAGCGGUAAAAGUGAUGUGGUUAAAGGUCACAUUAAGAUAGCCUGUCAACUACUGGGCGGUUUACUAGCACCAAUAUAUGUGAAGCAGUUUUGGAAAAUGGCAAUGUCGGAAACGCACUUAUCUAAAUCGCAGUUUUUAGAUCUGCAGUGCGAGUCUGCUCUCAAAGUACCGAUAAUACCAGGAAUGUUUGCAGAGAUGAUGGCAACAUUGAUCAGCACACUUGUGUGUAAUUUCCAUAUCGGCGGUGACAGACUUUCCAUGUACAUCGAACAUCUAACUUCGGUUACAAUUAUAAUAAUCGGUAUGGAAUACACGGGCAUGAUGUUCAAUCCAGCCUUGGCAACAUCUUUGACGUACAAUUGCUUGAACCACUCAAUGGUGGAACAUCUUCUGGUUUAUUGGUUUGGACCAUUUCUAGCUGUGGUGUUGAUAUGGAUGUUAACAAAACCAUCUACUGUGGAUGUAGCAAAGAAAACUGCAUAAACAUACUAUCAUAUAAAUUUAUCUUUUAUUUUUAAAAACUCUGAAGAAAACUUUUUUAAUAUACCGUGUAUGUAACUUAGUGAAUUUGCACUAACACAUUGACACCAAUUAUCUGAACUGAACAAAUAGACAACCUAUUUGGCCCGUGAAAUCAUCUCUGCUUUCUACUUCGAUAUUCGUAAAGGCAUUUUCCGUUUGUCAUUUAUUAGCCCAUUGGUGAAAUAUAAUUUGUUUUUAUUC